AUGAGCAAGAUUGAGUAUGAGAAUACCUUGGUAUCUACAGCUGUAUCAAACACUGAGAAGUUGACAGCGGACAAGGCGGCUUCUAUCCAUACUACUCAAGCAUUCUCAAGUGAUAAAGUAAUAGAGAUGGACGCCAAGGCUAAUAGCGAAUGCCAACUACUCGAUGCAUCCAACUCUCAAUCGGACAAUCCUGCAGCACAAGUAUGUGAUCCAUCUAUCUGCGUUGUAUCGGAUAUUCAUGCCACUACACCAUUACCCAACAUGGAAUCAGCAUCUAUCUGUGAAGAAUUCAAAGACAAUCUGAGCGAGUCUUCAUCAUCCGAUUCGACCAGAUUUGGACGCAGGAGAGUUAGAAAACGGGAUGGUCCGCAUCAACCCAUGUGCCAUUCAUCAAAGACGAUCUAUCAACCACCCGAAAUGAUAGUCCGCAGACAACCAGUUCGUAGCCCUACUCGACAGUUUAUUCAUGUACCACAUCAUCAACCAAAGCUUCAAACAAUGCUAGGCCAUACAGGAGUAGCAGUGACGGCACUUCUUACUGCGAUCCGACACGAUAUGUUGGAUUUAUGGAUGAGCACGGUUGCACUUGCCAAACAGCAAUUUGAACAAGAGCCUAGUGUCAAGAUGUUUGUGUAUACAGCCGGUGCAUUAUCAGCGAUUCCAGUUGGCAUAUUCACACUCUAUGCGGCAGUGACACUCUUUGUAUCGUUGAUGACUGCAGCACUGGGAGUACUACUGAUUGGAGGAAGCUUAGUGAUGAUUGGACUUGGAGUGUUGAUACCGAUUGAAGGAGUAGUGUUGAUUGUUGCAACAAGUGUUGCAAGUGUUGUUUGGUUAAUUCAAGGACCUAGGAAAGUAAGACCAAUAGCACAGAACCAUCGACAUGCACAUCAAGGCAAACUGCUUGGCAGAAAUGAUGGACGAACAAGUGGACAUGGUGGGACAGUUCGUCGACGAUUGAGGAAUGCGUCAGCAAGACGAUCAUGA